CCCGGAUCAGGAUGGAUAACUAUGUCAAGGGAGAGAACGUUGAGACCGAGGACACGUUGGAGACCAUUCCGAUCCAAGGUUUACCGGCCGAUUGCACUUGGAUGAAGAUCAAGCCUGGCACCAAAUUGAGAAACGUCAUCGGGUAUGCCAAGAAAGACCUCGCGACCAAAGGCUUGAUUCUAAUCUCGGGACACGGCAACGCGGUCACCAAAGCCAUUUCCCUGGGCGAGAUUGUCAAACGAGGUAAUCGCGCCUUGGUUCAGUACACUCAAAUCGCCUUUAAGGUGUUCGAAGAGCACUGGGAUCCGAAAAGCGAAGAUCUGGACCCCUUAAAAGUGGUGCGGGAGGUGCCACAAAUCUUCAUCGUUCUAUCCAAAGAACCUGUGCCAGAUUUGGACCUGGAACCGCAGCGGGAGUUGCGACAGUUUCUCGAUUUCAAUUCCAAAGCCGGGAACAGUUACAAACCACCCAAGAAACGCGGGAAUCGUCAUGCAGCUGAACGGUUGGGCGUAACGAACCCGAAGAAACCUCAAGGAGGAGGCCAAUUCAACGCUCCUAAGCCCAGAAACGGCCCACGCCCAAAUCCCAAACCGGAAUCUACGCCCAAUCCAAAGGCUAAUCGUCAUACUGGAAAUGACUCUGUCCGUCAUUCGAAACCUGAAGCAGCUGCGCUUAAUACGGAUGCCAUUGUUGGAAAAGAAAACAAACCUGAAGGAACAUCAUGAUAGGUGUGUGCGUGUGGAUUAUAAGGCCUGUUGAGUUUUUUUUAUGUAUAAGUGCACAAGGAGUGGUUAUCUAUCUAAUCGUUCACUGAAGGGUGUGGCAAGAGCAGGGUGUUGUUCGAAAAAGGAGUUCUCCUUAGGACGAUCCAAAUUCGUCCAUCCACUUCUCGUACUUGUCCAGAUCCUCCUUGGAGACGCUCUUGUUGCAUUUAGCAAUGGCUUCCAUGAAAUCCGUUUUGGUGACGGGCAAGUCAAGUUCUUCUUGAUUCAGGUUGCGAAUCUCGGAAGGCUUCAAGCCGGCAAUCUUGCGUCUCAUGGACAUCAUACUGGCAUCUCGACACACAUUGGUGAUAUCCGCGCCGGAAUAUCCACCCAAUUUCCGGGCAAUCGCUUUCAAGCCCACAUCUUCGGCCAACUUGACCUCUCGCAAGUUGAUUUUGAGCUUAAAAGUUCCAAUAAAUAAAUGAGCACAACACGAA